AUUAUCACCAUGAAGUAUAUAAGAUCUCAGAAUUCAGCAACGAUGUUAAUGGAGAGGCCAAAGAAACACAACCCAUUUUUUUAGGAGAUGAAAGCAUGGAAAUUAAAAAACAAAUUACAGGGAUGAGAAGAUUACUGAAUGACAGCACUGGGAGGAUAUAUCAGCGUGUUGGCAAAGAAGGAGAAAAAUUAAAAGAAGAACCCCAGGACUUGGAUCUAGUCUGGCCUCAGCGUUUGAACUCCUCUACAGAGGCCCCUCAGAGCAUCCCACCUUCCUCACGUGUGUGGAAUGAGCUAACACCCCAAAGUGGGCAGUUCUCAGGGCAGUAUGGCACUCGUUCUAGAACCUUCCAGAGUCAGCCCCACACUGCUGCAAGCACCAAUGGAGAACUUCCGGUGGUGAAUUCAUCAGUUGGAUCAAACUGCUGUACUUGUAACUGCCAGUCAACAUUACAGGCCAUUCUCCAAGAGCUCAAGACCAUGCGGAAACUAAUGCAGAUCCAAGCAGUUGGAACUCAAAACAGACAACAACCCCCAAUUUCCCUUAUAUGCUCCCAGCGAACUGCUGUCUCUCGCAAGAGAAAUAAAAAGAAAAAAGUGCCCACAAAGCCCGCAGAACCUACUACUGUGAAGCAGAAGACUAGUGUGGUAGAAGUGGAGAAGAAGUCAGCCGCAGGGUCCUCGGGGCAGUCCGCAGUCCAGGCCACAGAGCACACCUCCACUGGGCAGAGCCACGUCCUGGGGUUCGGCAUUGUUCUUGAAUCACCUUCGUCAGAUCCAGAAGUGCAACUUGCUGAAGGCUUUGAUGUGUUUAUGCCCAAAUCUCAGCUGGACUCUAUACUGUCAAACUACACUCGCUCAGGAAGCCUUCUGUUUAGAAAACUGGUGUGUGCAUUUUUUGAUGACAAGACUUUGGCUAAUUCUUUACCCAAUGGGAAGAGGAAAAGAGGACUGAAUGACAACCGGAAAGGACUAGACCAAAAUAUUGUGGGUGCAAUAAAAGUCUUCACAGAGAAGUACUGUACUGCUAACCAUGUGGACAAGCUCCCUGGCCCGAGAGACUGGGUACAGAUUCUCCAGGAUCAAAUUAAGCUGGCCAGAAGAAGGUUAAAAAGAGGCUCAGCAGAGGUAGCUGAUGGUGAUGAAAGACUGGACAGCAUUUCUCUGCCACCAACAGAGAUGUUUCAGAUGAGAAAACUGAGCACAGGGGAUGCUAGAACAGCCUCAUGGAACUGAACAAACUGCCAAGGAAUCUGAGAAUGAGAAGGAACUUGAGAGAUCAUCAAAUCCAAUCCCUUAAUUUUAUCCAGUCCUUUUAUUUUACAGGAAAAAAAGCCUGAGGCCCAGAAACUUUAAACAACUUUGCCAAGGUCUCAGCUGGUUGAUAGCCUGGCCACAGCCCAGGCCCUGGACUCCCAGCCAUUGUGCUGUAGAGCUUUCUCACACCUAAGCCAAAGCCAGCUUCCUUCUGCAUGUUUCCUAAAGAUGCUCAGAGAUGAUGGUGUGCUAAUCCCUGUCCCCGUCUCAGUGUCUCACAGUCUUCACAAUUACGAGGAUGUUCAGCAACAGCCUACCCAAAGGCCACUGCAGUUUAAGCUCUUUGACUCAAGUCCUUUCUCUAAUUUUGUCCAGAUCUCUGAGGUUAUGAUUAAGAAAGUGGUAAAACACACUGUCAGGUCUUUUCAUUAGACUACUGAUAGAUAUUUAAUAAAAGUUACUAUACAACAUGAUAGUAAAACUGCUUAUUUUAGAAAAGGGAGAAAGAAGUCACAAGUUGGUGCUCAAAUUUGGCAGUAAUGAAGCAGACUAAUCCUUACACUCUAGCAUUCCUCUUGGUUGCCCCUCUAAGUAUAUGCCCACGCUGGUUAGCUUUGAACACAGUGUUCCCACUGGUCCUCCUGUCCCUUGUGCCCUGACAUGACCAGCUGCUCUCAGAGCGUUCCUGCCCUUCCUGCACGUGCAGCCUUGGCUUGGCCUUGAGGCCUCCCACUGCUCAGAGCUGCAGGAGCUGUCAGGACGGGUGUACACCUUCACUGUGGUGUCUGAGCUGGCUGCAUUUGCCCCUGUAAAGAUUCAACGGUACCUCUAGUACCAUUUUCAGGUCUUUUUUCUUCCAGUUUGCAUGUGUUGUGGAGAGGCAGGGAAGAAAUAGAGACCCUUAACUAGUGCUGUGAGUCAGACAAGGGUUCGAGUCAGGUGGUCAAGUGAUAUUUGUGUUGACCAACCACCUUCACACAUCUUUCUGUUUGCUUUUAACAAAGCUGGACUAGAUAUCGUUGUGGAGAAUGUGUUUUUUAAAUUUAUUCCCUUUUGGCCCUGUUGAUUGAGUCUUUUGAAUAGCUGCUGGCAAUCAGCCCCAUGGUGGGCUCAGGUGCACAAAAGCCUGCCCUAGAUGACUGGGAGAGGUAGGAACACUUCCUCCUGUGCAGCAGCACAAGGGUGGAGAGUGAGGCCCGGAGAAACCUCCAAGGAUGUGCGAACAGUGGGCAGUUAAACAGAGCCAAGGGAAGUAACAUUCAAACAGUACUCUCUGAACACAUAAAAUGGGGAUUCUGAAUUUGAAAUAGUGGGGUGAUAUUGUUUUGGGUUUAGCAGUUUGCAUCACAAAUUGGCAUUAUUUUGCAUAUUUUUCUUUUGAUGAAAAAGUAUAAGAAGAAACAAUCAUUGUUGAGUGUUUUCCCCAGACUUUUCACUAUAUUUUGCUUACUGAGGUAAUGGAAAGACUCCAUGUGCAAUUUUGUUUCCUGAAUUUUAGAGAUUUAUGCAUAGGAAGCAUUUUUUCUCUUUAUUACAUAUCUUUGUACACAUAAUUAUCAGAAUGAUAUUCUGUGUUGCAGGUUAACUGUAUUUUAUUUAGCUCUUUUCUGUCACAAUAUAUGGGCAUACUCAGAAGGGACACAUAUUCAUGGGCUUGCAUGCUUCCUAAAAUUGUGCAGUUAGUACAACCUACUCCUUAGUGAAAAUCUUGGCCACUUAAUUUUACAAGACUGGAGCUUCCCAGAGGGACCUAACUUGUCUAAACACUUCCCCAGCCUCGUGACUGGCAACACAGCUCUCCCGGGGGAGCCACCCCUCUUUAUGUCCUGUCUCUAUGUUGUAGGUAAUAUAUCUGACAACAGCAGAGAAAACACAGAGGACACGGAACGCCAGGUUGUUGUCUAGACUCUCUUUUUAGUGACCUUUGUCAUUAGCGUUUGUAAUUCUUGCCUUUGAACUUCUUCAAAGAUCCAGGUAGCAUUUCAGGUUCAAGCAAAGUGUGGGUGUUUGGUGAUGUUUACCUGUCAUGUUUGAAUAGUUUCAUAUGCCUUCUCUGUAUUAUGUGAUAAUCAAGCCUCCAGUUUAGUAUAAGAUUUUUAGAAAUCAUUUUUAAAGUUGCUUUGUUACCCUUUAAAAGUCCAUCAUGUGGCCCAGUUAGUUGAUUGUCCAAUGCGAAGAAGCCAUUCUCUCUUUUUCUAUUCAUUUGUAACUUCCAUGUGACUGUUUUUGAAACAUAUUUAUUUUGUUGUAAAUUUCUUAGCUGCAUAUAAAGAAAUGUGACUCAUUCUAGGACUGAGGGUACCUGAGGCCGCAAUGAAGUCGAUCUUCUUCAGUGCAGAAAAAGAAAAAAGUUGUUUGAGGAGGCAGGGCAGCUCUGACCUGUUAGAAUCAUUUCUAACAUCAUUGGCCCCAGAAAUAGCCAUCCUAAUGAGUCAAGCUGUGCAAACAGUGUAUGAAUUUGUAGGAAAGAAAAGCCUUUUGCAUAAAUCGCAUUGGCCUGGUGACAAAGCAGGUGAAAGGCUUAAAGUAAGUUCCCUGCUCCACACCUGACAGUCAGACAGUGGUUUUCCCUGAGCAGUCCAGGUUCUGACAUUGUGUGGUGGGAGACUUGCCACUGUGCAUGCUUCGUGUUCGAGCUCCCUGGCCUACUGGCCCUCCACUCUACAUGACCAACAUGAGAAAGGCCGGACUGAUUUCAGACAUAUCUUGCCAUGUGGUUCUUCGUUUUCCAUAAGCAUUUACCUUCAUAUUGCUUUCUUUCUUUCAUACAUUAAUAUCACUUUGAAAUAUUGCAUCAUUACCUCAUUUAUUAUAUAAAGCAAGUUUCCCUGAAUGUUUGGCACUUUAUCUAAAGAGCAAACACAGAUGUGAAAGACAUUUAACUGUAGAUCCCCCAAACCACAGUGUUCAGAACUGCAUGCUGAAAGUGCAACCCCUCUGCCUGGCACUCAUUUCCUCCACCUGAUGGAACUGACAGUCAUUGCAGAAGCUCUCCAGGAGAGACUGCGGAGGGAGGGGAAGAGCUACCCAGGGUCAGGUGAGCCUUCAGUGCCCACUGGACUUGGGGCCUGCGUGUGCUGACUAGCCUGCCCAAGGAACUAUUCUACCAUAGUGGCAGGAGGGGCUCUCAGGGGUAGGUCAGCAAAGACCAGCUAAUCAACUGGAGAUGCAUGACACCCCCGUAAUGUAGCAGGCAACUGGUCUGCCUUGGCUUAUGGGGCCUCUCAGCUAGACAGUUACAGCGUGUGUGUGUGUGUGUGUGUGUGUGUGUGUGUGUGUGUGUGUAUCUUUCACUUCUUUUUAAAGUUAAAGAGAAGGUUCAGAGAAAUUAUUUCCAUCACAUCUUUUGGGAAGCCUCUCCCAUUUCCAGCCAGUAAGUAUCCUUUUCCUGAAACCACUCCCCUUUCACCAAGUGGUCUGAUGAACUGCUAUGUACAAACCAGGGUUUUUGUUUUUCUGCAGCAUAUGCUCAAAGAUUUGUCUUCUGCCUUCCAAAACGAAACAUUCCUCAAGGGAAUAGGAAAGAUUAAUUAGUGACCUUUCAUUCUAUUAAGCUAUGGUGAAUAUGUUGCUACCAGAGGUAGAAACAUUUACUUACAACUGUAGGUCUCUUAAAUAUGUGCCAUGAACCUUCAAAAGCACUUCCUUCCAAGAGUGGGUGACAGCUUGGAGUUCUCAGCACUUGAGGGGCAAGGACUGGUCAGCUCACAGAUGUGUGCAGUGGAUUCCCAAAUUGGAAAUGCAAUCAAAACUGCAACCAUAAAUCAUAUUUUGUAAAUUCAAAUCAUAUUUGUGUUAACGUACUGUGACUACUGUUCAGGCUUUGUUCAGAAAUCCUUUUUAUAGGCUUUCUUAGCAAAAAUAAAAUUCCGUAUCUGUGGAUAACAUCUCAAUCUUCUGUAUAUAUGUUUUAAUAUGUAAAUAUCUAGAUUUUUAAAAAUUACUAUGUUCUUUAAAAAAGAAUUCAGCGCAAGGUUAGUUGUGAAAAUGGUGUAUAACAUUGUGUUGUGAUAUCAACUCCCAAGAUGCUCUUUAUGUCCAUUCUGGAAGAACACAAUAAAUUACUUUAAUUGAA